AUGCGUGAAGGUUACAUGCAGCACGACUCAAGGGCUCUGUUCCCAGAGCCUUCAAGCACAAUCCCGAAUGCCACACUUACUCAACAGCGUAUGCUCGAGGGUGUGGUAGGGCCAGGUAUGCUUGGUCUGGAUUCGGAAGCAGACGUCCCUCCACAUCAGCCACCCCCAGAAGCCUCAGUACCAUGGUCGGAUAUGAUGAGGUUCUCGUCUGGGGAGCAGUCUGAGUUAUCCUCUCAGAGAGCCAAGGAUGAUGCAGAGCUAGAAUCCGUCCAACACUUUGCGGAACAGAACGAAGAACCUCUGAAGUCGCAGCGCAGCCGCCGCGGCUCUUCAGCGAAGAACAAAGCUGGCUUGAAUGCUGGUUCCGAUGAAGAUCUUGCGUUCAUCGGCAUCCCUACAGAACAAUACAAACCCCAUGAGACGAUAGACUUCUCUGUGAGACCUGAGAAAGCUGCCAAGGGUAGCAAACGGCGCAAAACCACGAACGUCGCUGUUACGACCUCCACGGCUGAAUAUAUCACCACACCGGAGAAAGUGAGGCAGAUAUGUGACAUGGGUUUCACGCCUACUUCAACUGGCAGAGCUUUGAAGCAGAACAAUGGUGACGUCACUGUAACUGUGGAGUGGCUGAUCACUAACGGGCUGGGUGAAGAUGAGCUCGCAUCAAGCAACACGCCUAAACGAAAACCUGUGUCGAAGAGAGCAAAAGCUGUUCCAGCUACAGUCGUCGAACCCCCGCCUGAGGCACAGAUUCCCCCACCUCCGGAGAGCGUCGACGACAGCAAGCUAACUGCGGGUAUCGAGACUCCUAGCAAGCCAAUAGCAACAAUGGACACAUGUGCUCCAACAUGCGAGAUCAAUCCUACCAGCGCAGCCCAGCAGAGAAGUCCUAAAGUGCAGGUGGUCAUACCAAUGAAAUCGCCCAACGCGAAAGUGGCGUCCAAACAGAAUCCGCUAGAGCCACCGAGUAAGAAGGCAAAACGAAGGAAGACUACAUCAGACUUGCCUGAUUCCGAGGCGACUCUGAACACUACAAGCAUAAUUGAGGCGGCUAAGGAGAAGAAGAAGGGUCGAGGUCGUCCCAAGAAAACAGCGAAUACCGUGACGUCAGCUGCGCUGUCGCAGAAUGUACCAGAGGAACCGCAACUAGAGUCUGAGAAUCAAGCAGAUACAGUUCUCCAGACAAUUGAGCCAAACGCGAUGAACCUAGCUACGUCCAUGCCAGAAGAAGCGAAAGACCAACCACUGGCACCCGUUGUCACAUCGAAGGAACUGCACGCGUCUCGUACACCUGAGCAAACCAUCAAACCGUCAAGUCGCUCACCGUUGAGCAAAGGGAAAACGCCAUAUCGUGUAGGGCUGAGUAAACGAGCACGAAUUGCCCCGUUGCUGCGGACGUUGAAGAAGUGA